GUUCCAAAAAUUAGUGAUGUUUGUGAAAUACAAAAAAUAGUGUUCCUUGUAGUUUGAAUAGUUGUACAUGUAUCUGAGUAAGAAACUGCGCGUGAUGGAAUCGCCUUCGAGUUGCAGAGUGCUUAGAGUAAUGGGAUACUGUUGCUAACCUCUCGUCUAUGUUUUUGGACCCACCUGCUGAACUUCCCACCUUCACCGGCCAAAUUCUCACUUUGGCACUGUACUACAUAUUUAUUUGUCAACGCUGCCCCAUCACAAUUCAACAGUGGGUAUACAGUACAUCGGAGUCCUUAAAUUCAACACAUUUGAAAGUGGGAAUGCAUAGAGGUAGAGGUCGUGGAAGCCUUAGUCCUCGGGGGAGGGGACGGGGCAUCCGAAGAGAUCAAGGUCGUUCUCAUCCUUACCAAUCUUCCGCAAGCACUCGUAGUGGACCACAAAGACCAGAAUAUCAUCCGUUUGAUUUAUGGCAGGCUGAAGAGAUUUUCCCGCAAGCUGCACCACCACCGGACGAUGAAGGCAUGUCUAAGGCACUUGCAGCUCGCCAUGCUGAAAUAAAGAUAGACUCUGCGUUGCAGAGUCAACUAAUGGAUCAUUUUACUCGAGUGUCAACCACAUUGGACAAUAUUAUUGCUUUGCAGUCAUCGGAUGAUUCACCGUUUGUGGACAAAGUACGGCCUGUUGGUGCGCAUCGUAUGUCCACUGCUAUUCGCGGUAACAUGACGUAUCAAGUUGUUAUCAUGUUCAAAGCAUGGCCUACAGAGGAUGACCUCACUUCUAUUUGUAACAGAGUUAAAGAAGGUUUGGAGAAAAACUAUGCAGAAAGCAGCUCAAAGUUCACAACUGUGACAGCGAAAGUCGACAAGUCAAGUUUCAGCCUGUCGUGUGGCCAGUCAACAGUGCAAUGUUUAGCUGCGUAUCAACCGGAAUCCUGGUUGGAACGGGCCAAGUCCGAUCAAGUACCGCUUAAGGACAUUGAGGAUUCGCUGAAGGAAAUAGAGCGAUCCAGAUGGUGCGACGAGCACAUCACGCAUACCAGCACACGCAUGGUAAUUCGUCUUCUGAAUGAUUUACGGCAGCGAAUGAAUGGGUUCACGCAUCUCACUCCAUGGAUGGCAGCGUUACUGGCACACAAAGCAGCAGUGCUCCCCGGACGGCGUGAUGCUUUGCAGCUCGCACAGGCUUUCCGGCGACUGCUGCAUUCGCUCUCUGCCGGUCUCUUCUUGGUCGACAACAUUGGUGUAAUGGAUCCCUGUGAGAAACCGUCGGUGAAUGUACAUCGAGCGUUAGGUUUCUCUCGCCAGGAGGAGCUAUGCUGUGCAGCUCAGACCCUGCUCAGGUUACUGUCUCAUGGAGCGCUGCGUGAGAUCCUAGCUCUGAAUCCUGAAUGUAGUGUGGAUUUUGAAUCAACAAUGAACUGUGGUGGUAUUAUUGUCAACCCAUCCAUCUGUGUAUUUGAGCAAACUGCAGACAAGGCAACGACAUGACAUACAUGAAUCACUUGUAAACCAGCAGUGCCUAGCAUGAUGACUCUCUCUGAUCCUGUUAUCUACCAACCAGUUCCCUGACAAAGACCAGCUCCCCGUCUGGUGAUUCUUUUCUUCUGAUUCUCCAAUGGAACAUGAAACAUGUGCCGCUCUUGCUCCGUGCUGAUCUCGGGUGAUGUGCCCUUCGUGCUUGUGCUGUUUUCUUAUGCAGCUGGUAUGCUUCACGUCAUGGUACCUUUGCUGCCUUACUUUUGCUGACUCGCUCUUGAUUUGCUGUUGUUUCAUAUUAGUGCUUGACUUACCUACGUACCCACUCUUGCCGUUCAGUAUGCGUACAUAUUUUAGUUUCCGGUGCUGGGGGAUGGUUUUGUAGCUGGCUUUUGUUUUGUUUUACACUCUAGCUUUAUUGCAUACGAGUACAUUAUGUUUUUACUACACCUGCUACUCUUGUCUGUAGCUUUAUUCCCUUCCUUUGUUUCAUGAGUCUCGUUAGGUAUGGAGAGUAGCUCACUCAGAACCCAUGUAUGCAUUAGACAUUCCCACUUGCCUUCUGUCCACUCCAUAUUAUUUGAGGACCAAGACUGGCAUGGUGGUCAUGGAAAUCUCAUUGACAUUUUCUAAUGGUAACGUUUUUAAUUGCAGUGCACAAAAGUGUUUUCUUCUCUGUCUCGGCAUUGUUGAGACCAUGGCAGUAUAGAUGCUUUCUACUAGUAUCUACUACUUGAAGUUGAAGUGUCUUGUCUUCUCAA